UUCAUUGUUACUGCUACACAGCAGGAAUCUACCUGGGAAUACCAAAUCGAUGAACGAGUGAACGUGAAAUAUAUCUAGCGUUAAACUAAUAGACUGUUCAAACUAAAUUUUUCAUAGUCUCACUUUCAAAAAAUUACUUUGUCUAGUUUGUAUAACUUGUCAAAUUUACGAACAGAAAGACAUAUUGAUUUAAUUUCUCUUCUGAAUAGUGUACUUUCAGUAACAAUCAUAAAGCUUGUAGUUUUGACUGUGGAAUAUCCGUUCACGGGUUUCUAACGAGUGAUAUAAGUUCUGUACUUGAAUAGGAGCGUUGAUAGCUAGCUAAGGCGUCAUCGGUAAGGUGUAACGUACGUAGUGGACAUAGGAAAUCAUUCAAUACUUCUUAGUUUCAUAAACUUCGAAAACAUACACGGACAAUAAAAUCGAACGUACAGUCAGUCAUUCUCCGUAUAACGUCAGACAUUGGCAGAUGUUUACAAGGGAAAUCAUGACAUAAACACUUUAUUUGACUAAAUUGCGAUCUAAGAGACAUCUGAAACUUUUCUGGAAGUGAACAGGAAGUGAAGUAUACAAACCGAACUCUAGGAAACCUACUGACAGAAUACAAUAAACCGCCAAAAUGGACUUCGAAGAGUACAGAAAAAGAGGAAAAGAUAUGGUGGAUUAUAUAGCAGAUUAUCUGAAGACGAUCAGAACGAGGCGAGUAUUCCCGGAUGUGCAACCUGGAUACAUGCGCAAUUUGGUACCGGAAACAGCACCGACGGAAGGCGAACCCUGGCACGACAUUUUCCGCGAUAUAGAACGAGUGAUCAUGCCUGGGGUUACACAUUGGCAGAGUCCGUACAUGCACGCCUACUUUCCCGCCCUUAACUCCUUCCCGUCACUCCUUGGGGACAUGCUUGCGGACGCUAUCAACUGCCUCGGUUUCACGUGGGCCUCGAGUCCUGCCUGUACCGAACUGGAGACAAUCGUCAUGGACUGGCUUGGAAAGAUGAUUGGACUACCGUCAGAAUUUCUCCAUAGCAACAAACAAACUAUGGGAGGCGGAGUCAUCCAGCUCACAGCUAGUGACUCGACAUUCAUAGCUUUGCUUGCCGCGAGAACCGAGGUGUUCCGAAAAUACAAGUGUUUGCAUUCGGGACUGGACGAUGCUGAGAUAAACGCGAGGCUUGUCGCCUACUGUUCCGAUCAGGCACACUCCUCUGUUGAGAAGGCAGGACUAAUUGGUCUCGUGAAAAUGAGAUAUCUUUGCAGUGACGAUCAACUGAGCAUGCGCGGAGAGAGUCUACAAUCCGCCAUAGAACGUGACCGUGAGGAAGGACUCAUUCCUUUCUUUGUUUGUGCAACUCUAGGCACGACUGGGGCUUGUGCUUUUGACAAUCUGGCUGAACUGGGUCCAAUCUGCGAGGCUGAGGGUUUGUACCUACAUAUCGACGCGGCCUAUGCCGGAACAGCAUUUAUAUGUCCGGAAUACCGGAAGUUCAUGACUGGGAUUGAGUAUGCGCACUCUAUUGCAUUUAAUCCGUCAAAAUGGUUGAUGGUACAUUUUGACUGUACAGCUAUGUGGGUGAAGAACAGCGGAUCCCUACAUCGUACCUUCAAUGUGGACCCGCUCUACCUUAAACACGAGAACAGUGGUGCAGCAAUCGACUACAUGCACUGGCAGAUCCCACUGAGCCGAAGGUUCCGAGCCCUGAAACUGUGGUUUGUCAUCAGGUCUUUUGGUGUGGAGGGUCUGCAAGCCCACGUCAGAAAGGGUGUGCUUCUGGCGGAGAAGUUUGAGAAGAUGGUCCGAUUAGAUGAGCGGUUCGAGAUUCCAGCUGCUCGACAUCUUGGGAUGGUUGUAUUUUGUUUAAAGGAGGACAAUGAUCGUACAGAAAUUCUUCUAAAACGGUUAAACAAAAGUGGCAAAAUACACAUGGUACCGGCUGCACUGAAGUCGAAAUACGUCAUCAGAUUCACAGUGACGUCACAGUAUACGACCGACGUGGAUAUCGAACGGGACUGGAAAAUUAUUCAGGACAUGGCGACAAAAGUGCUUCGGAACGAGGAAUCAGAUGAAGACGACGUAUUUGAGGAAACACAACCUAUCCCCGUCGUCAUUGAACCAGAAGUACUGAAACGAGUACCAUCCUUGAAGAAAAAAGACUAUGGAAUGAGUCUGUUGCUAAGCAACGUUCCGUCGUCGCCAAAGCUCAUCAAUGGCAGUUUUGCCGCGCUGUUUGACAACAAUGACGUCAUUGUAGAAUUUGCUAAAGAAAUCACCAACAGUGAUUUUAACGGUCGACCUAUUCGUCUGUCACCAAGACGACGAAUGAAACUCCGGGACCAAAACAGACAGAGAAGUCUUGACUGUGAUGUUACUCCUCAUCGAUCUAUUAUAAGUCGAUUUAAGCAGGCCUCGCUUGAUUCGAAAGUCGACGAGAUUCUCGAAUGGUCAACUCUCCAGGAACAGACCGGAGGUCUGUUGCAUGAAAUUGAGGAUGGAAGUGAGAGCGGAGCAGAUUCGGAAUUGGACGCGGGGUCAGGGGUCAAAAUGAAAGUUUCAAUCAAUGUAACCAAAUCGUCUGAAACUGACGAUGAACCGGAAAAAGACAAAGGUGAACUACCGAACGGGAACGGAUUCCAUCCUACCAAUGAAUCCGUAAAUGGACAUAUAAUCUGCAAACAUUGCGGUCACGUGAUUAACGGAUAACCACGUGUUAAGUAUGCGCAACUGACAUUUGUGAAGUAGAAAAGGAAAGUAAGGAACAAUUACUGUGCAAUAUAUAUCAAAUGCAUAGAUUGAAGUAGUAUAUGUUAUCUGAGUGAUGACGUAGGAUGUUUUAAUAAUAUUUCCUGCUUAAACUGUGUGCAUUACUGUGAAAACUCGUCCAUAACAUUUUCUCUUUUAGAGUUUAUAAAACAUCGUUGCAUGGGUGCAUGCCAAACAUUUAUCCCAUUGUGUUGUAUCUAAGAUAGAAUAGACCAAAAAUACCAAGCGCCAUUUUACAUGAAUAGCGAGCAUAGACAACCUACAUUGCACCAAAAUAACGUUGCAAUGUUUCUGCAACAACGCUAUAACAUUUCUUGUCAUUGCUAAUGUGUAGGACCUUGGGGUUUGGCUUGUAACAAUAACGUGACUUUGUAUAUCGUUGUCAUGGAAACACACUCCUGGAAAUCCUUACUAUCAUUGAUAUAAAUUAUUGUCAUGGAAACACACUCAUAGAAAUCCUUACUACCAUAGAUAUUAAGGAAAUAAUGUCGAGCUUGUCGACCAGUGUCGUCUUUGUGUAGAGAUCAUGCGGAUAUUCUGUCUCCGAAUCUGAUAUAAAGUGUAAUGCACGUGUUCAGUCAAGUGUUCAGUCACGUGGUCUUGUUGUUUGACAAUACGUAGGGACUCUGUAUCGCGGCAGUAAUACUAUUGAUAUCAAACAGUUGUCUGCAGUUAUCGAAUGGAUUAAUAUUUGGAUUUGGGUAAUCAUUUUAUGUAAACAAUAUAUCAUAAUUAUAUAUAUAUAUUCCAGUAAAAAUAUAUUUGAAUUAGAAUGUAUGAUUUCACCAAUAGGUUUGUCAA